ACCAUGCCAAUGCCAGUGACCAUGACAAUGCCGGUUAGUGGUACAUGUAAGGCUGCAGCUUUGAAAGGCCUUCAAGCCAGAACCCCGAACAGUCCCGGCCUUUGGGGCUCUGGCCCCACCAAGGGCCCAGGAAGCCAGGUGCCACUCUCCGUACUCGCAGUGCUUUGGGCCCAGCGUCUUUUUUCGGCCGCGCCGAUUGGCAGCCGACGCCAUGGCACUGCCCAAGCUGCCCAACCUGAUCGAAGAGCCCAGUGAGAACUCACCCUUCGCCGAGAUCGAGGCGAAACUUGAUCGCAUCGCCGAGCAGGUGGAUCAUUGCCUUGCUUGCCUGUCUGAAGCUUCUUCGAGGUCUGAGGUCGAGGCCCGGCGCUUUCCGCGCACCUCACUGAGAUUGAACGAAGGAGUGAACGGCCCGGGAAGCUUCCGCUCUGAAGAGCCUCACGGGAUCCUGCCGAACGGCCACGAGGAGAGCAGUCGACCCCGGCGCCCGAGCAACUUCUCCAUGAACUCCUUCGUCCAGAGGCCGCCAUCGAAGACGACCACAACGAGCCGGGCUCAAAACAGUCGAAUGGGCUCCAAGAACAGCAGAGUUGGGGCCGGCAGCAGCGUUCUAGGCGCAGGGAAGUCGAUCCGUGGCUCCCGUUUGCGCGAGCGUUCGCUGCCAGCGGAUCUCCAAUCUGCCUGGCAGAAGCAUGCACAAACGUUGAUGACACUGGAGGUGUCUCGUGCUCCACUGCUCCGCUUGCAGGGCGAACGCAGUCGCUGGGAUUCGCUCUGGGAGCUCUUGGACGAUCCGGACUCCAGUCGCCCGGCAUAUUGGAUCAGCCAAUUCUUAAAAGUCAUGGUGAUCACUGGCCUUGUGAUUUCUCAGGUGCAAACGGGUGAGGAGCCCAUGAUUUCAGCUCACUUAGCCGCCUGUGUGGAGACCACCUUUGAUGUGGUGUUCUUCGUGGAGUUUUGCUGUCGGAUCAUGACGGCCCCUUCCAAGCGCUCCUAUGUGCUGGAUCCCUUGAACUGGGCAGACCUCUUCUCCGCCGCGGGGCUCCCGCUUCGAGCCUCGGUGGGCUUCUUGGUCUACCCCGCGCUGCAAGAGAAGCGAAAUGUUCAGCUGAUCCUCUUGCUUUUUCUCCCCAUCGUCCGCUUCCUCAAGCUCCUGCGCUACUUUGAGACCUUCCGACUGUUGAUCCAUGCGGCCCGUAGCGCCAUUGAUGCGCUGCCUGUGCUGGUCUACAUCAUGAUUGUGAUCACAUUGGUAGCAGCCACCGCCAUCUACCUGGUCGAGUCACGAGGCAACAUUCCAACAAUGCAUCACUCCCUGUGGUUGGCGAUCGUCACCAUGACCACGGUGGGUUACGGCGACUAUUACCCCACCUCGCUGUUGGGCUACAUCGCUGCUUCGAUCCUCACCUUUGUCUCGGUCCUCUUCUUGGCCUUGCCCGUGGGCAUCAUCGGCAACGAAUUCACCGCCUGUUGGCAGUCGCGACACCAGGUGCUGCUGAAAACACGGGUCAGGAAGUGCUUGCUCAAGUGGGGCUACACCGCCAGAGACUUGCAGGUUUUGAUUCAAUAUGUGGACGUGGACGAAGACGGCUUCUUGACGCUGUCGGAAUUCCUCGAGCUCAUUCAGCAGAUGCGGGUUGGCAUCUCUUUGGAGCAUGCGGUCGAUCUUUUCAUCCUCUUCGACACCGAUCAGAAUGGGCAGAUCGAUCAUGCCGAGUUCCUCCGGCAAAUCUUUCCAGAAGAAUACGUGCAGGAUGCCACUCGCCAGACCAUUCAAAAUGCAGGUCAACGGAUAAAUGAUGCCCUGCAGCACCUUGAAGCUGUCCGCCGCUCAGAUAGCACGGAGUUGGAGUGAGACCCUAAGACGGGCGAAACGGCAACGCUGCGCGGUUUGGGUGAAGGCUCUUUGAGCGCAAAACACAUCAAAGAAGCCUGAGCUUGGCGCUUGGCAAAUGAACACCCAG